AUGGUCAUUGUUGGUGACGGUGCCCACAACUUCACAGACGGCUUGGCAAUCGGUGCUGCGUUUUCCACGGGGAUUUCGGGAGGUUUGAGUACCACUAUCGCUGUACUUUGUCAUGAACUUCCACAUGAACUCGGUGAUUUUGCGAUGUUGUUACAAGCUGGACUCCAUGUCAGAAAGGCUGUCUUGUUUAACCUUGUGUCUGCGGUUAUCAGUUACCUCGGCCUGGCCGUCGGCAUUGCUAUUGGCCAGCACACUGCCUACAUUACACCCUGGAUAUUUACCAGCACGGCUGGCAUCUUCCUGUAUGUUUCCCUGGUUGACAUGCUCCCGGAGAUGUUACACACGCAGACGGAGAGGCAGCAGCACGGUGCUCUCGGGAUCUUUCUCAGUCAGAACCUCGGCUUUCUGUUCGGCGUUGGGGUCAUGCUCUGUAUCGCCCUGUUUGAAGACAAAAUGCACAUAGACAUCAGCUUUUAACGGUGAGCAAGCGGACAGGAACGGGACCGAAAAUCAUCUCAGAACGUCUCUCACCAAGUGAGAUCUUCCUCUUCUCAGACACAUCCUGACACCUUCCCAGCAAC